CCCGCCAGCUUCCCAGGCUGCCCCGCGCCCGCCUGAAUGGGGCAGAGGCAAGAUGGCUGCCAGCGCGAGCGCGGCCGGCGGCGGCCUCUCGCUCUUCGAGUGCCCGAGCUGGGCAGGAAAACCACCACCUGGCCUACAUCUGGAUGUAGUCAAAGGAGACAAACUCAUUGAGAAGCUCAUCAUUGAUGAGAAGAAAUACUACCUGUUUGGGAGGAACCCUGACCUCUGCGACUUCACCAUCGACCACCAGUCCUGCUCUCGGGUCCAUGCUGCCUUGGUCUACCACAAGCAUCUCAAGAGGGUUUUCCUCAUAGAUCUCAACAGCACACAUGGCACGUUCUUGGGCCACAUCCGCCUGGAGCCUCACAAGCCGCAGCAGAUCCCCAUUGACUCCACGGUGUCGUUCGGCGCCUCCACGCGGGCAUACACCCUGCGGGAGAAGCCCCAGACGCUGCCCUCGGCCGUCAAAGGAGAUGAGAAGAUGGGGGGGGAAGACGAAGAGCUCAAGGGCUUGCUGGGCCUGCCAGAGGAGGAGACAGAGCUGGAUAACCUGACAGAGUUCAAUACAGCCCACAACAAGAGGAUUUCCACCCUGACCAUCGAGGAGGGGAACCUGGACAUCCAGAGACCAAAGAGGAAGCGGAAGAACUCCAGAGUCACCUUCAGUGACGAUGACGAAAUCAUCAAUCCGGAGGACGUGGACCCAUCUGUGGGGCGCUUCAGGAACAUGGUGCAGACAGCAGUGGUCCCUGUCAAGAAGAAGCGCCUGGAGGGCUCGGGCGCGCUGGGCAGCGAGGAGGCAGCGUCGCGGCGCCUGCAGAGCUUCCCCUACAGCGGAGGACUCUACGGGGGGCUGCCGCCCACACACAGCGAGGCUGGCAGCCAGCCGCACGGCGCCCACGGCACGGCCCUCAUCGGCGGGCUGCCCAUGCCCUACCCCAACCUCGCCCCCGAUGUGGACUUGACUCCCGUUGUGCCCUCGACAGUGAACAUGAACCCGGCUCCGAACCCUGCCGUCUUCAACCCCGAGGCUGUGAACGAGCCCAAGAAGAAGAAGUACGCGAAGGAGGCGUGGCCGGGCAAGAAGCCGACCCCGUCCCUGCUGAUCUGAGCCGGUCCCUGCGGGGGGGAGCUACCAACUCCAGAGACUGUGGAUGUGCAGUAUCGUCUUUUUAAACUUCCAGUGUCCUAACCAGGUGUAAACCCGAGAGGGGAGAAGUGAGAUGUCCUUUACAGACCUGUCUGCAAAGCUUUUUAUAUGUCUGUUUAAACACAAAUACAGCUGUCACCUUUUGAACAACAGCACCUGGCAGCCUUUUCUUAGCCAUUUCUGGCCCCAGAGGUACUUUUGAUAAUGUCACCACCCCUCUGAGUUCUGAUCUGUGCCCUGAAGGGGCAGAGGCAUCGAUUUUAAAUCUCACUUAGGGCAUGACCCUGCAGGUCUGUGGCUGUGUGGCUUUAGGUGUCGUGCUUACUACAAUGAGUACUGUUCCUGCUGGCCCUGCUGCUGGCAGGGCAGCUGUAUCGCAAGUCCACGUUUGUGGGGCCAAGCCUUUGGGAGUGCUCAAACUUGCAAAGUAGAGGUCAGCUUUUAUUUGUUACACUUUGAACCCCCCCAGCAUAGGGCAUUACCGUUUGGGGGUUGCUUUGGGGUUUUAGUUUGGCUACAGCUUGUUUGAAUUCCCACCUGAAACACUGCAGCAUCCUCUUGGGGCAUGAGGUGCAGCUGUGCUGGAUGAGAGUCUGAGCUUGCUUGGCUGUUGCCCAGCGUUCUGCAGUGGAGUGCUGGGUGGGUGGGCAGGUGAAGGGGUGCACACAGGGGUGGUCCUGAGCUGGUGUGGGUGCUGGCAGCAUCAGACAAGCAUGGCAGCCCUCCAGCAUUUGCCUGCUGAGUGAGCAGUGUCUACACUUGCACGAACAACAGAGCAGAGUUGCAUCUCUCCCCUGUGAUGACUGAAGUUGAACACAGAGCAGCUUCUUGGUGUCCCUUUGAAUAGCUUCAUUUUUGUUUGCAAAUGGCACUUGGGAGCUUAGAGUGUGGGAGAUGCAACAAGACAGACAGGGUAGGAGGACACAACCUGCACCCUGGCUGCCAGCGACAGUGCAUGGGAGCUGAGUGCUCCUCAGAGCCGGGAUGGGAGCUCAGGAGAGGCUCUGCCUUGCACAGGAGUUGGUUUCAUAAUGCUGCCUUUUUUCACUACGUCAUCACCUUUUCUCAGUGAUGAGAACCAGACCCUUGGUCGGGUUGCUGCCCUUCACCUCCCUUGGCUCUCACCACCUGCUCUGCCCCUGUCCAGACACUGUUUUGUCUUUAACCAAGGUCGGGCUGCAGCUCUGUUUCCCUUAGGCUCACUCUGGGCUGUUGUACAUUCUCCAGUCCAGCUGUGCAGUUCCACUCCUUCGUGGGGGGAUCUCAGCGGGAAGUGGCACAGGCUGGCAGCAGCAUGCCCAGCUGGCCCUGCUGCCAGUGCUCAGGCUGCCUUGAGGAGGAGCGCGGCGGCAGGCGGCUGGCGCGGCGGGGCCGUGGUGUGGUGGUGCUGUGGCUGCUGUGCUGUGCUGUGCGCACUCGGGGCUGUGUGCCAGGUGCUCCCAAACCAGGGUGAUCAGAGGAUUGCUUCUGUCACGUUGCUGAGCUGGCAGUGGGCUGGGGGCUGCUCCUUUCACAGGAGGGAGGGCGUUAAAGGAUGCUCUGUUCCACUCCUCACACCAUCAGAUCCAGCUCAAGCUGCUGCACCUCCUCCGUGGUGUGAUUGUGCCCCUCUGUGUUUAGUCCUCAGGUGUGCUGCUUCCAAACACUCCAUGCUGACUUCAGAUCUUCCUCCUGUGGUUUUUCAUUCUGCCUCUUUCUGCUAUGUAGUUUUCUUUUCCCAGGCAGCCUGGUUCAGGAGGGCAGCUCCAGGGUAAGACUAGGUAGGCAAAUAAAUCUGAGCAGGUCUUGUCCUUCCUUUGUUUCCAUUUCUGGCUGUUGGUGGGCUGGGGUUUUUUGGGGAGGGGGUGGGGAGGAUGUUUUGGGUGCUUGGGUUUGGGGUUGGUUUUUUUUUUGCAGAUGGCUCUUUGCAGGAUCUUUCUUGACAAGGGAAGCUUUGCUGCUCGUGGAGUUUUAAAGCUCUUCUCCUCCUUGCGUUUGAACAGGCUCUCAUUAUUUCAGAGCUGUGGGGCCGCAGCUGGCCCUUAGGGAGGGGGCAGGCCAACAUCCAGGGGCUUUGUACAGAGGUUUGUACACUUGUGUAAUAUGUAAGAGGCCUUUUCACACCUUCUGUUGAGCUUUUUACCUGUAACCUUUACUAUGUUGUAAAUUAAAUGCAGAUUUUGCCAGUU